AUGCUGUUCGGUCAGCCUACAGCGAUUUUAUUCCUUGCAUUAUUGGUAAUUUGUCUCCAGAUCAUCCUUGGCGAUGAAGAUUGCAACCAACAGCUUACGUGUCGUGAAUGCUUCGCAGCUGCGAGCCAGUGUAGAUGGUGUAGUCAUAUUGACUAUGACAAGCCACGUUGCGGAUCACUGACACAGCUUGUUUCGGGAAGCUGCCCUAGUUUUAAAAUUUUGAGAAGAUACCAUAAUAUUCCUCGCAGCCCACGCUGUAAUCGUUUCGACGAGGAAUGUGGAGUUUGUCAUUGUGGCGAGGGAAAUUACGGGCAGUACUGUGAAUGUGAUAGCACGGUGCUCAAUCCAGAAGAGGCUAACGCGCAGUGUACGAGAUCGGCGAAUGAGAGCAUUUGCUCUGGUCAUGGACAGUGUGUGUGUGGCGAAUGCCUCUGCAACCCAGUGGAUAGGUAUUGGCCGCAGGGAAGGAAGUACCAGGGCAAUUACUGUCAAUGUGACGAUGCGUCAUGUGAUCGUCAUCCUAGGACGUUCGAACAGUGCGGGGGCCCUGGGAUUGGGAAGUGCGUGUGUGGUGAAUGCAUUUGUGAGCCUGGAUUUAGUGGGAAAGUCUGCGAUUGCAAGGAGGACCCGGAACCUUGUAGGUCUUCUUCAACAGGGAUGAUAUGUAGCGGGCGAGGCUUAUGCCAAUGUGGAAGUUGCAGCUGCACAUUGGAUACCUACUACUCGGGACCCACUUGCGAUGACUGUCGUAACUGUCCAGGGCGAUGUGACGAGUUGAAGGACUACGUGCGAUGUUACGUGUUUGGUACAGGUCCCUUGAAUCAGGUUGAAUGUAGCAAUAUACGCCGGGACCAGCAAUCAUACAUUCAUCUCACCGAUGAUGUUGUCGCCAGCCCCGACACUCGUCUCUGCGAGUUCGUUGAUGACGACGGGUGCACCGCCAGGUUCAGCUAUGAAUAUAGAAAAUCGACGAACGUGAGAGUUCGAGUCCGACUGACCAAGUUUUGUUAGUAAGUAUGUCAUCCUGGAACUUCUGGGACGUGAUCCGGAUCCUAAAUGAUUUGCAAAGCCAUGUAACAAA